AUGGCCAGCUUACGGGGAAUCUUCUCGUGCUGCUGCUCGGGCCGCUCCAAGGUCUCGUACGAGAGUGUCCUGGCGCAGGAGGAGCGCGAAGCGGUCGCCGACUUGCUCAACUAUCUCGAGAACCGAGCCGAAACCGACUUCUUCUCCGGCGAGCCUCUCGCCGCCCUCUCCACCCUGGUAUACAGCCAGAACGUCGACCUACAACGCAGCGCGAGCUUGACCUUUGCCGAGAUCACAGAAAGAGGCAUAGCGACGCUGGAGCCUAUCCUGUUCCUGCUCGAAUGUGUCGACAUUGAGGUCCAGCGAGCUGCUUCGGCUGCGCUGGGCAACCUCGCUGUAGAUGGACAAAACAAGACUCUUAUCGUCUCCCUCGGCGGCCUGACCCCCCUCAUCCGGCAGAUGAAUAGUCCCAAUGUUGAGGUUCAAUGCAAUGCUGUCGGCUGUAUAACAAACCUGGCCACACAUGAGGAGAACAAGGCUCGGAUAGCGCGCUCGGGAGCGUUGGCUCCUCUGACGCGUCUCGCGAAAAGCAAGGACAUGAGAGUGCAGAGGAAUGCCACUGGAGCACUGCUCAACAUGACACACUCGGAUGAUAACCGGCAACAGCUCGUCUCCGCCGGUGCCAUUCCUGUCCUCGUCAGCCUCCUCAGCAGUCCGGACACGGAUGUACAGUACUACUGCACGACGGCACUCAGCAACAUCGCGGUCGAUAGCACCAACCGCAAACGACUCGCGCAGACGGAGACCAAGCUGGUGCAAAGCCUGGUGCAUUUGAUGAAGGGCCAGGCGCCAAAAGUACAAUGUCAAGCAGCCCUUGCCCUGCGGAAUCUUGCAAGCGACGAAAAGUACCAAUUAGAGAUUGUCCGGGCCGGUGGUCUGCAGCCUUUACUCGUAUUGCUGCAGAGCAGUUAUCUACCCUUGAUCCUUUCCGCCGUGGCAUGCAUUCGCAACAUUAGCAUUCACCCGAUGAACGAAUCUCCGAUCAUCGAUGCAGGCUUCCUCCGACCCUUGGUCGACCUGCUAGGGUCGACUGACAACGAGGAGAUUCAAUGCCAUGCGAUUUCUACUCUGCGCAACUUGGCCGCAUCGUCGGACCGAAAUAAGCAGCUGGUUCUCCAAGCAGGCGCUGUACAGAAAUGCAAAGAGCUGGUGUUGGAAGUGCCCUUGAGCGUGCAAUCUGAGAUGACCGMCGCCAUCGCAGUGCUGGCGUUGUCUGACGAGCUGAAGCCUCAAUUGCUGGACCUCGGAGUGUUUGACGUGCUCAUACCCUUGACCGAAAGUGAAAGCAUUGAAGUGCAAGGAAACAGCGCUGCCGCUCUCGGCAAUCUGAGCAGUAAAGUUGGCGACUAUUCACUUUUCCUUUCUUCCUGGAGCCAGCCAUCAGGAGGCAUUCACGGCUAUUUGAACCGCUUUCUGGCCUCGGGAGACCCCACCUUUCAACAUAUUGCAAUCUGGACGCUUCUGCAGCUAUUGGAGUCCGGCGAUCAGAAGCUCAUGGACACGAUAAACAAGUCAGAAGACGUCAUGAACAUGGUUCGCGAAAUCAGCGAGAAGAAUGUCGAGUCCGAGUCCGAAGGCGACGAGAGUGAAGACGGCGAGGGCGAGGUUGUUGCACUCGCUCGCAGAUGCCUGGAAAUCAGCAGCGGCGACAUGACUCCUGGUAAAUCAGAUAGUCGAUCAUCGUCCUACAAAGCCUGA